GUCUCUUUCGCUCCUCUUUGCUCUCACUUCAAAUCACCAAAUCGAUCGGAGCAAAAUCAAAAUGCCUUGCUCUGUAGCAGUAGCAAACUCACCAGUAUUCUCACCCUCACCCAGGGUCUCAUCAAUCUUCCGUAAACCCUCUCUCUCUUCUCCUGUAAACCCGUCAUCUUCUUCUACAUCAUCGUCGCCGAUAUCGCCGUUAUCUCCGGUGACGCUUUGUCUUCACAAACAGCUUAGUGGGUACGAUCGGGAAUUUGAAAAGGAAGAGCAGGUUUGUUCGACUUCGACACCGAUGACACUGUUCAAGAAGAAGAGACCGGCGAGUAUUACUAUUCCGAUUGCCUCCUUGAGUUCUAAUCUGGCGGCUGAGACGCCGAGGGAUGUGGAUAGGGUGAAAGACGUGGAGGUUGAAGGGGAGGGGUAUUCCGUGUAUUGCAAAAGAGGGAAAAGGGGUGCUAUGGAAGAUAGGUACUCUGCUGUUGUUGGACUUCAAGGAGAUUCUGCACAGGUCAAGUUGUAG